CUCUAAUAUGCCUUUUUAGGGGUUUUCUUCCAUCUUCAAUUGGAUCAUCAAGGCGGCCUGAAGAACACUUCUAUAUAACCUAUUUAUCCAUCUAUCUGUAUUCGAUUCCGUCUACAUCAUCUCUUUAUGGCUUGUUUAAUUCUUAUCUGAAAGUCUCACCUGAUGCUAAAAUAACUGUGCAUAGAAGCAAAUUUUAUGCCACUUAGGUCGGAACCUUCAAGAGGCAAAUUAUUGGAGCUCAAUCUCUGAAGUCUGACCCCUUAACUGAAGAGUUCCAACUCCACCUUGCUGAAUUAAUUUCACCUACCAAUUACAUCUUCACCCUUGUAAGGUAAAGUGGUGCAAAUUAUGGAAAGGAAUGAUGAUUCAGGUAGCCCUAGUUGGAGUGCUUCAUUCUUCAUGCAGACUAAGGAAGAUGUAGCAAAGGCAGUUGCUGCGGCAACUGCAGCUUCCACUUACGUUCAUUCACCCCGUCCAUCUGGAAUAUAUUCACCAAAGGAUGAGAAUGGCUCUAGUUCGCUUAAAAAACUUCAGCAACAAGUUUAUAAAGUGCUAAAAGGUUUCUCCCAGCAGCCAGAAGUGAGAAGAGGCACUUACAAUCCUGAGGAUCUAACCAGCCAAAAGCGUCAAUGGGCAAGAUUUCAAUUGCAACACCUGGACAAUAAAGCUUUGAAAGAACCAUCAAGGAUUUUUGAGAGCAUGGUAGUGGUAGGACUUCCUCCUAGUUGUGAUGUUGAAGCUCUUCAAAAGCAGUACUUUGGAAGAAAGCCUGAAGGUUCAGGAAAAUUUAGAAGUACUCUGACCAGUCAGCGUCAAUCCCGCGUGGGACCAAACCUUGAACCCCAGGUCUUAUUUGUAUAUCCUCCUGAGAAACAGUUGCCUCUUAAAUACAAGGAUCUUCUUUCAUUCUGUUUACCUGGUGGAGUGGAGGUCCAUGCUGUGGAGAAAACUCCUUCAAUGAGUGAGCUGAAUGAAAUACUACUUGGACAGGAACAUCUCAAACAAAGUGACCAGUCAUUUGUAUUCAGGUUGCAGGUUGCUGAUGAUUCAACAUUGUAUGGUUGCUGUGUAUUGGUGGAAGAAAUUGUACAAAAGCCAUCUCCAUUGAUAUCCAUGCUUUCAGAUGUACACUAUAUUAGUCCAACUUUGAGCCGCUAUGUGCUGACCACACACCGAUGUUACUGUAUUCUGUCAAGGCUCCCUUUUUUUGAGCUACAUUUUGGCGUGUUAAACAGCUUAUUUGCUGAAGAAAGGUUGGAGCGGUUAACAAAAAAUAUUGGCAUUUUACACAUGGAGUCUGAGGAGCAGAGUGAACAUGAAAUUUCAGGAGGAGGCUUAUACAAAGAAAUGGGAGAUGGAGCAAACAAGCAACUUAAUGAAACAACCGUAGUUUCUCAUUUGAACUCAAAUGGUCAUACUCAGAAUGACAAGAAUGAGAGUUGUAAUCCACACCAUGAAGCUGUAGAUAAAACUAACGAGAGCUGCAAACAACACCAUCAAGUUUUAGAGGAGAUCGAGCAUUGCAAUCCUCACCAUCAAGUUGUAGAGGGGAUUAAUGAGAGUUUCAAUCCACACCAUCAAGAUGUCGUGGAGAUCAAGGAGAGUUGCAAUACACACCAUCAAUGUAACGGUGAUGUUCCUGUUAACCAUGCGGAACAAUGCACUGAGAAAUUUCCAGACAAAACAGAAUCUGGAGCUGGGACUCCGGUGUCUGAAAGUUCUGAUGUUUGCAUUGCUAGUGUCGAUUUUUUUGUGGCAAACAAACAAGCAUUGGAAAGAUGCCUUCCAAGUGCCGUGUUGCCUCUUCUUAGGCAUCAACAGUAUGACAGUUUUGAAUCUUGCUCAAGUUUCCAAGGUUCCCCUUGUGAAGAUAGAAUCUUUAGGAGUGACAUUGAUGAUGUAGAGACAGAGGAGGCAUCCUCUUCUGGUCAAGGAUAUUCCUCUUACUACAGUGAUAUCCUGAAAUGGGCUAAGGCUAACAAUCAAGGAUCCUUGCAAAUAAUUUGUGAGUACUACCAUCUAAAGUGUCCUUCCAGGGGCUCAACAAUUAGAUUUCAUCCAUUAGAGCACCUGCAUCCAUUGGAAUAUCAUAGACCUGAUGAAACAACUAUGCGUUUUACUGGCUCAAGAAUUGGCCUUAGCACUAGCAGAACCAGUUUAGAGUUAGUUGAGGCACACAGUACACUUCUGGCAGAGGAAGAGGCGACUGCUUUGUCUGUAUGGGCAGUUGCAUGCUUAUGCGGCUCCUUACGUCUAGAGCAUGUUUUGACAUUUUUUGCUGGGGCUCUAUUGGAGAAGCAGAUUUUGGUUAUUUGUUCCAAUUUGGGAUUAUUGUCUGCCUCAGUUUUGUCUGUGAUCCCAUUGAUCCGCCCCUACCGUUGGCAGAGCUUGUUGAUGCCGGUUCUGCCUGAUGACAUACUGGACUUCUUGGAUGCUCCUGUCCCAUACAUUGUUGGUGUAAAGAACAAAACCAUGGAGGUGCAGUCCAAGCUGACAAAUGUUAUUCUUGUUGAUGCAAACAAGAACCAGGUGAAGUCAUCAGCUAUACCGAAUCUUCCCUACCAAAAGGAGUUGUAUUCAUCCUUGAGCCCUUACCAUGCAAAGCUCGUGGGAGAAAGCUUCUUGGGUAAAAAAAGGCCUAUUCAUGGAUGCACUGAUGUGCAGGUCGAAGCUGCCAAGGGUUUCCUGGGAGUGCUGAGGACUUAUUUAGACAACCUUUGCUCAAAUCUACGUUCCCAUACUAUUACAAAUGUUCAAUCCAAUGAUGAUAAAGUUUCCUUACUAUUAAAGGAGAGUUUUAUUGAGUCAUUCUCCUACAAGGACCGGCCUUUUAUGAGGCUUUUAGUGGACACUCAGUUGUUCUCUGUACAUACGGAUUCUGUACUCUCAUUUAUUCAGAAGGAAUAGAGUUUUCAUGCGAGGUGACCAGAUAUUUUCUUUUUGGGUGCUUUUCUCUGUGAAAGCAAGCCUUGUAACGUUUUAUCUCCUACACGGACACAUAUCCAUAUUUAAAAUGAUUUUGACUCUCUGUGGCUGAAGUGAGUUAAGGGGCUAGGUAUAGGGCAAAAUGUAUGUAUGAUACUUGUAGAAUAUGAUUGCAUAAAUGAAAUGAAGGAACAGUUCUUUAAAUGGGUUGUGUU